GGAGAUCAUGCCAAACUAAUCUUAUUGAUUUUUUUGAUUGGGUAACUAAAAUUAUAGAUCAGGGUGGUGCAGUAGACAUUGCUUACCUAGAUUUCAGUAAGGUUUUUGACACUGUUGCACAUAGAAGGCUUAUCAAUAAACUGCAAUCUUUAAGUUUGGAUUCAAAUAUUGUUGAGUGGGUAAGGCAGUGGCUGAGUAACAGGCAACAGAGGGUUGUAGUUAAUGGAAUAUAUUCGAAGCUUGGACUUGUCACCAGUGGGGUACCUCAAGGAUCUGUACUUGGACCCAUUCUCUUUAAUAUUUUUAUUAGUGAUAUUGCAGAAGGUCUUGAUGGUAAUGUAUGUCUUUUUGCUGAUGAUACCAAGAUAUGUAACAGGGUUGAUGUUCCAGGAGGGAUAAGCCAAAUGACAAAUGAUUUAGGUAAACUAGAAAAAUGGUCAGAAUUGAGGCAACUGACAUUUAAUGUGGAUAAGUGCAAGAUAAUGCAUCUUGGACUUAAAAACCCAAGGGCAGAGUACAGAAUAUUUGAUAGAGUUCUAACCUCAACAUGAGGAAAGGGAUUUAGGGGUGAUUAUUUCUGAUGACUUAAAGGUAGGCAGACAAUGUAAUAGAGCAGCAGGAAAUGCUAGCAGAAUGCUUGGUUGUAUAGGGAGAGGUAUUAGCAGUAGAAAGAGGGAAGUGCUCAUGCCAUUGUACAGAACACCGGUGAGACCUCACUUGGAGUAUUGUACACAGUACUGGAGACCGUAUCUUCAAAAGGAUAUUGAUACCUUAGAGAGGGUUCAGAGAAGGGCUACUAAACUGGUUCAUGGAUUACGGGAUAAAACUUACCAGGAAAGGUUAAAGGCUCUUAACAUGUAUAACUUGGAGGAAAGACGAGACAGGGGGGAUAUGAUAGAAACAUUUAAAUAUAUAAAGGGAAUCAACACAGUAAAGGAGGAGACUAUAUUUAAAAGAAGAAAAACUACCACAACAAGAGGACAUAGUCUUAAAUUAGAGGGACAAAGGUUUAAAAAAUAAUAUCAGGAAGUAUUACUUUACUGAGAGGGUAGUGGAUGUAUGGAAUAGCCUUCCAGCUGAAGUGGUAGAGGUUAACACAGUAAAGGAGUUUAAGCAUGCGUGGGAUAGGCAUAAGGCUAUCCUAACUAUAAGAUAAGACUAGGGACUAAUGAAAGUAUUUAGAAAAUUGGGCAGACAAGAUGGGCCGAAUGGUUCUUAUCUGCCGUCACAUUCUAUGUUUCUAUGUUUCUAUGUUUCUAUGUUUCUAUGUUUCUAUGUUUUAAUCAUCAGCUGGGUUUUAUACAUUAAAAAGUAAGUGCUUAUGUGCAAAUACUCAUAGAACAGUAAAAGGAAGGGAGUACAGAUAAGACAUAGGGAUGAAUGUCAUGUACACAUAACAAAUAAGUUCCAAGGUAAGAAAAAACUAAAAGAUUAGAGAAGAAACAUCUUAGGUGGGGACUCUGCUCCCGGAACUAGACAUAUAUGGUCUUAAGUGUUGUUUAAGCAUCAAGCAUUUCCUGAGUCCAAGUUAACCAAUUUUAAUAUAGGAUAUCAUUAUAUGACACCUAUAAGCUUGAGCCUUGGAAUCAAGAUAAAUUCUAUCACAUAUAUACACCUUACCCAUGCUGUACUCAUAAUAUACCCCAACCGUAUCCGUACUGUACACCCCUUACCCAUACUGUACCUAUAAUAUACUUCAACCGUACCCGUAUUAUACUGUACCUAUAAUAUGACCCAACCGUACCCGUACUGUACACCCGCUUACCCAUACUGUACCUAUAACAUACCCCAAUUGUACCCAUACUGUACACCCCCUUACCCAUACUGUACCUAUAAUAUACCCCAACCAUACCCAUACUGUACCUAUAAUUGAGCCCUUACCCAUACUGUAAAGAAUAGGAAAGGUAAAAGAGCACACAGAGCAAGGAGGUCGUUAUCUGACGUAUUAUAGAUAACUGGUAAGAAGUAACUCCUCCUUAUAUACAAUAGGUAAAUACAAUGUAGGGUUGCCUAUACAGAAAAUACAAACACAAGACAAAACAUAGUGUGGUCUGUAUAUAAAACACAAUAAAAAGGAAAUUAUGAGCUAAAAUCACUCACACUUUGCUGAGCCGUUUAAAGUAGGCUCGGGACUUAUGUAGCUUUAUAUGUCACUUAAGUGGGACAUGCACAUUCCUUCACUCUUCAGGCGAAUCCUUCAAUGAUCUAAAUAAUCAUCUGAUGAAAAGUUGGAGUCAGGAGCCAGGAGAAUCAGGAUAUAUAAAAAGAAUAUUUAUUUGUAUAAAAACAAAUAUAAAAGGUAUUGCACAACGCGUUUCAACCAUCAGGUGGUCUUCCUCAGGUGCUGUUCAAAGCUACAAUGAGCCUGCUGCUAUAUAUAUAGGGCAUGGUAUUGGGAUAAUAAUUACAGACAUUCCCUACACAUGUAGCACUAAUUAGGGUACAAUCGCCUUAUAUGGUCCGAACCGGAUGUGUUCUGCCACCUCCAAUAUGGCUCCACAUCCGGUUCGGAAGUACACAAUACUAGUACAAUACAUACUAAAAUAAUUCACAAAAUAUCACAAAACAAGUAAAAUAUAUCAAUAUCCUCCCCCCAACAUAGUCAACCAGCACGAUAUGAUCAAAUCGUGGGUGACCUAAUGUUUGGGGAUGUUGUGAGUUUCGUCCGAUAGGUCCGUCGCGUCACUUCUGGUGACGCGCAUAUUGAUGGAAUCAGUCCGUCGCGUCACUUCCGGUUUCGCUGGAAAGAGGAUCGGCAAUGUCCCUUCUCAAUUUCCAUGUUUGGAAUGAUGUUAAUGUGCUGUAGGACUAAAGUAGCCAUCUUUAAAGUGGGCAAUCUGUCCAUAUCCUCAUUAUUUCAGGUAGAGGAAAAAUAUUACCAAACAAAGGGAAAAACUCAUAUUUCCGUAGUAGUUAUUCUUGACAAAUAUUGGUAUAUAAAGGAGAUACACAGGCAAUUGGAAGACAUAACCACAUAUGUUAAACUCAAAAAGGACCCUUUAGAAGAGAUAAAAAGUAAGCUUAAAAUAUUUCUGGAGAAGGGUCUAGAGGACUACAUUCUUGAUAAAAAAGAGUUCUCUUUUCUAUUCCCAGAAUAUCCAAGACUUCCUGUUAUAUAUAUAUAUUGCCUAAAAUUCAUAAAGAUAUGAGCAACCCUCCAGGACGUCCUAUUGUCUCUGGGAUUGAUUCAGUUUUGUCUGCCUUGUCCCAAUAUAUAGAUUACCAUCUACAACCCCUAGUAAGAAGUACUCCGGCUUUUUUACAAGACUCAAUGAGUCUACUUAAUAUUUUAAAAGAUUUUAGUUGGCAAGAUGAUUAUCUACUUGCCACAUGUGAUGUAUCAAGCCUCUACACUAUUAUUCAGCAUGAAAAGGGAUGUAAAGCUGUCGACUUUUACCUUGAGGCAUCUAAUAAAUAUGGGGAGUUACAGAGAAAUUUUAUCUUGGAAGGAAUACGUAUGAUCCUACAUAACAACUAUUUUUGGUUUGAGGAGGAGUUUUUUUAUGCAAAUAAGAGGUACGGCCAUGGGGACCAAGUUUGCGCCAAGUUAUGCAAAUUUAUUCAUGGAUUUUUGGGAACAGUCCUUCGUGUCCCAGGGACAUGAAUUUGGCGCAAACUUGGACCUCUACAAAAGGUACAUAGACGACAUCUUCAUUAUUUGGAAAGGGUCGGAAGAAACUUUCCUCCAGUUUUUUACGUAUCUCAACCAUAAUGACUGGGGAAUUACACUCACGAAGAGUGUGAGUAAAUAUAGUAUUGAUUUUUUAGACCUCAAUAUUUUUAUCCAGGAUUAAGUUUUGAUGACUAAGACCUUCUUUAAAAAGGUCGAUGUUAACAGCUUCAUUGAACUAGACUGUUGCCAUCAUCGCCCGUGGUUAAAUAAUAUACCUAAAGGGCAGUUUCUAAGGAUACGUAGAAAUUGUACCAAGAAAGAGGAUUAUAUUAUCCAAGCAACAUUUCUUAAAGAUCAAUUAAUACAGAAAGGGUAUGUAGAAGAUGACCUGCAAGAUAAAAUAGACCAGGUUGGAAAAAUGGAGAGGACUCCUCUGUUACAAUAUAAAAAGAAAGAGGAUUUAGGCCAACAAAAUAAACAGAUUCCUUUUAUUUUUAAUUUUUCUAGCAACAUUGGUGCUAUUAAAAAAAUUAUAAACAAAAACUGGCACAUCCUACAGCAUGAGGAGGACAUCAAACAAUAUAUAGGAAAUAAACCCAAAUUUAUAUUUAGGGGUGCUAAAAAUCUAAAACAAAUGUUGACAUCUAGUUUUAUUAAAACAGAGGCCCCUAGGAAUUUUUUAAGCAACUGCACAUUAGAACAAAAGGGCUUUUUUUUUAUUGUGGAUCUUGUCAUGCUUGUUGUAACACUUUAAGAAUCAAUAAGAAAGUGGAAAACUUCAACUCCUCAGUUACUAAGAGGGAGUAUCAUAUUAAAUCUUUAAUCACAUGUCACUCCACCUAUGUCAUCUAUCUUUUGCAAUGUAGCUGUGGAUACCAAUACGUGGGGAAAACUUCACGUCAGCUCAAGACUAGAAUCAAUGAACACCUUAGAAACAUCAAAAAGGUUUUCCGAAUCAUAGUGUGUCAAGACAUUUUUUACAACACCAUGAUUCGGACCCUAGGUCUUUAAGUUUCUUUGCUAUUGAAAAAGUGGUUAGAAAUUGGAGAGGGGGAGAUAUAUCUAGAGCUCUUGGCUUGAAAGAAUCUAAGUGGAUUUUCAAGUUACGCACUUUAAUUCCAAGAGGUCUAAAUAUUGAUUUCGAAAUUAAUAAAUUAUUAUAAGCUUUUUAGUGGACGGAAAUAUGAGUUUUUCCCUUUGUUUGGUAAUAUUUUUCCUCUACCUGAAAUAUUCUUCUUUUAUUUUUAUCUCCCUCUUGCUUCCCAUUUACUAUCAUGGGAAGGCUAUUUGCUGAACAAAGGCUAUUUUUUUUAGGCUUUUUAUAUUUUUAAGAGCAUUUUAUAUAUUUCUUGCACUUUAUCUAGGCAUUAUAGUGUUUAUAUAGCACUUUAAAUUUCAUUCAUUAUGUUUUAUGUUAUUAAUGUAUGCUCUAUGAAAUGAUUACCUAUUUUUCUCUCUUUUAUAUAUAAUAUAUUUGUAUUCGAUAUAUAUAUAUUUGUGAGGAGGAUAUGGACAGAUUGCCCACUUUAAAGAUGGCUACUUUAGUCCUACAGCACAUUAACAUCAUUCCAAACAUGGAAAUUGAGAAGGGACAUUGCCGAUCCUCUUUCCAGCGAAACCGGAAGUGACGCGACGGACUGAUUCCAUCAAUAUGCGCGUCACCGGAAGUGACGCGACGGACCUAUCGGACGAAACUCACAACAUCCCCAAACAUUAGGUCACCCACGAUUUGAUCAUAUCGUGCUGGUUGACUAUGUUGUGGGGAGGAUAUUGAUAUAUUUUACUUGUUUUGUGAUAUUUUGUGAAUUAUUUUAGUAUGUAUUGUACUAGUAUUGUGUACUUCCGAACCGGAUGUGGAGCCAUAUUGGAGGUGGCAGAACACAUCCGGUUCGGACCAUAUAAGGCGAUUGUACCCUAAUUAGUGCUACAUGUGUAGGGAAUGUCUGUAAUUAUUAUCCCAAUACCAUGCCCUAUAUAUAUAGCAGCAGGCUCAUUGUAGCUUUGAACAGCACCUGAGGAAGACCACCUGAUGGUUGAAACGCGUUGUGCAAUACCUUUUAUAUUUGUUUUUAUACAAAUAAAUAUUCUUUUUAUAUAUCCUGAUUCUCCUGGCUCCUGACUCCAACUUUUCAUCAGAUGAUUAUUUAGAUCAUUGAAGGAUUUGCCUGAAGAGUGAAGGAAUGUGCAUGUCCCACUUAAGUGACAUAUAAAGCUACAUGAGUCCCGAGCCUACUUUAAACGGCUCAGCAAAGUGUGAGUGAUUUUAGCUCAUAAUUUCCUUUUUAUUGUGUUUUAUAUACAGACCACACUAUGUUUUGUCUUGUGUUUGUAUUUUCUAUAUAGGCAACCCUACAUUGUAUAUACCUAUUGUAUAUAAGGAGGAGUUACUUCUUACCAGUUAUCUAGAAUACGUCAGGUAACGACCUCCUUGCUCUGUGUGCGCUUUUACCUUUCCUAUUUUUUAUUGCAUUCUCACUUACCUGUAGCUAAUCAAUCCUACCUGCGGAUAUCAACAUUUUUGUAUGAAACCCAGUCUGUAAUCAAACUUGAAAAAAAAUUGAGUUGGACCAUGAGUUUAGUAUAAAAUUCUUCCACCUCAUUGGGCCAAGAACUUCACGCUGUCAACAAAAGCCCAUCCUCAAAUCUCCCAAAUGGAGCACAUAACCGCUACAGCGAACACGUAACGUCAGUGCAGAAAUGAGUCAGAGCUUGUCUCAAUGUUUCUGCAAUCUAGAUCUUUAGCUGAAGCAGGUACUCAAAAGACUUAAAAACAAGAUUUAAAACUUAGCUACUAAAUUAUAACAUUUAAACCAUCUGUGUUGAUUCAGGUUUCGCCAUAUUUUAAACCAUGUAACUUUUAUACCAUUUGGAGUAACAAAGCAUUUUGUUUUCCAUCAAAAGAUAUAUAAAGAGCGGCCUACUUCAACAUAUUUUGGUUUUUCAAACUUGAUCCCACAUUGACAUAUUUGAAAAGAAUAUUCUUCAUAUUUUAAAAUUUAAAGAAAAAAAAAAAAGAAUUGUUACUUGUCUUUUACUGAAUUUUAAAGGUCUUAUUAAGGCAGGCAUAGUUAUAAAUGCUCAACGAAUCACAUCACUUAAAUAAACCCUUAAAAAGAACAGGGAAUAUGUUUUCCAAGGACACCAUUUGGAACUGUAUAGGUCAUUUAGUCAAAAGUUAAUGCCAAUCAGAAAUGUUCUGAAAAUGUGAAUUGUCUGUCACUGUUGCAACAUGUAAAGAGCAAGUACCUCGUGACAUCAUUAAAAAAUAAUCAUUUGAAAAUUUGGAGUUUUAAUCAGGAAACAGGAUAAUAAUUGCUACCUAAUUUGCAGAAAAAAAAAAAAAAUAUGAAGCAAUCUGCAUUUGUAUAUUUGACGUGGAAUAACCCACUAAUUUUACCAUUCGUUUUAGAAGUGUAAUUUGUAAAUCAAUGAAUGGAAAAAAAAAAAAUACACCUUUUUAUAUUGUCUUUUAAAUCAAAUAUCAGUGAAUUGUUAGGAUUUUCUGCUUUUGUUCACAUUAUUUGUUGCUUUAGCACCAUCUGCUGGUAAUUUGUAAACAUAGCAUUUAAUAGAAAACAUGUUGAAGUGUGUGGCAGGUUCAAAAGACACAACAGAAAAUAUUAGUUGCCAUAGUAACUGCUACAAUUGAAAUAGUAAAACAUUUUACACAACAAUCUACAAUACACAACAAUAUCAGUUCACAUCAAUUGAAAACAAGUACAAAAUCUUCUAAUAGUUGUCUAAACUAGUUUUUAUUUAAAAAAUAAAUUGUAUUAUUUCCAUUUUAUUAUAGUUUGCCAGGUGUAUGGAACUUUUAUAUCCCCUUUUUAAAGUGUUCUAUAUAUUUGACAGUGAAAUUGUACAAUCAGUGUCUGCAUUUGAAUACUUCUUUUUGUUUCUUUGAGUGCAAUAAAUAGCUGUGGUCCCUGCCUGCUGACACAACUAAACUCCAAGUGUUUUUUAUAUGAUGAUAUUAAUAAUCUAUUUUGCUUUUAUUUUGUGUACAAUUUUUAGGUACUUGGUUUAUUAUUUCCCAUCUGACCUGUUCUAUAAUUUUUCAUGCAUCCGCCCGAUCCGAGUCAUUGUUGCUGCAUUGAAGGAGGUGACCAGGACUUGGAAGAUAUUAUCGGGGGUCACACAAGCACACAGCCGGUUUCAGGAUGCCUGGCUCGUCAUGAUUACAAUCGGCUGGGCUAAAGGUACUAUGGAAAAUCUGUGGAUGUCUACAAAUUUCUCACUGUACCAUACAAACUGCUGACACUUAUUGCUCCUCAUAACUAGUGGUUUGUAAUUAUAUGUGAUCCGUAAGCUGGGCACUAGGGCCUAGAUUUAAUGGUAUUGGAUAAGCUUUCCAAAAGAUUUAAUAUCUUUGGAUAAACUUUUAAAAAGAUUUUUUAAAUCAACAUAUAACAUUACAAAAAAAUAAAAAUAAUAUAAAUAUAUAAAUAUAUAUAUAUAUAUAUAUAUAUAUAUAUAUAUAUAUAUAUAUAUAUAUAUAUAUAUAUAUAUAUAUAUAUAUAUAUAUAUAUCUCUAUCUAUCUCAAUAUAUUAGAAGAGCACUCCAGGCACAAUAAUGACUUAAUCUAAAUGAAGUUGUUAUGGUACCAGUGGGCAUUCACAAAACUGGCUUGGAAAGAAAAGUACUUUUUUGAAGCCAGUUUUGUAAAUGGGGAUUCACCAACUGGCUGACAGCGCGAGCUGACUUCUCUCAGUCAAUCAAGGGCUCCUUCCCUGCGGCACCCCAUGCUUCCUGAAACUGAAGAUUGGAAGCUGGAUGCUGCCUCGGAGGGGGAGUUGAGAUCGGUGCUGGAUGCAAGUUUGGAUUGGUUUAACCUCUUGGGGUUUCUUGUCACCAUAAGGCAAAAUAAGAACUUAGAGGAAAUUGUUAUGGUGCCUAAACUGUCCCUUUAAAAAGUUACAAAAUUAAAAUCUUUUUUUAUAAUAAUUUGAAAUGUUUCUCCAAAAAUAUGAAAUAAUUAGAAAAUCCUAUUUAACAAUAUUAAAUCAAGGUCAUACAGAUUUUAUGAAAAUGCAAAGACUAAAGGUACACUUGAUUGAAUUGUUUAAAUGUCUACAGCCUGGCUAUCAGUGUAAAGUUGUGUUCAUUAACACUGCAAUUUCAUUUGUGAGGCUGCAUUGUGCUUUUAAAAUUUGCUUCAGUCAUAAAAUGGCACUUUUGAAACGCCAAUACUUAUCUUGUUAUAUUGAUUACUGAGAUUGUUUGUUUGUUUUUUGACACACUCUGUUUAUAAUAAUUCAGAAGAUCCGUUUUUCUCUCCUUUUUUGUCUUCAGGUGCUGGAGGAGGUCUGAUCUCCAAUUUUGAACAACUUGUAAGAGGUGUCUGGAAACCAGAGAGCAAUGAACUUCUCAAGAUGUCCUAGUAUGUGAAUGGGUAUUAUUGUUUAGGCUAUUGUGAUUUUAAGCUAGCUGUACAAUAUUACAAUAUUGUAAAUAAGACCUUUUGUAGAGGUUACGUGCAUUAUAUUUAUUAAAUAACACCUGUCUGCAUUAUUUACAUACCGAUAACAAAAACUUAUUUGUUUAUAUACAGUUAUAGUAAUAUUUUUUGUGCCAUUUAGUAGAAUAAUACUAUAGGCAACCGCGCAGUGUGUUAAUAUGGGCAUAGUGUAAUUGAAUUUGCGCUUAUUUUUCCUUGAUCAUGCAAGGUUGGAGAUUUUUUAUUUUUUUUUGUAAAUCUUUGUUUUUUUGAAGCAUUUUAUGUUCAUUACAGAAGAGAAGAAACAGAUGAAUGAUAUAUCAGCGAAUUUUCAUAGCUUAUAUCAUAGAUUCACGUUUAUGUCUGCUUCAUUUUAUGUUUUAUGAGAUGUCGCCUUGUCUGAUUAGCUCGCCAUAUGUGGUUAUGGUAAUGCACUAACAAUGCACGUUUGCUCGGAUGCAAUGCUUGACUGGGCACUUUAAUGAGAAAACAACGUAAGACUAUGGACGGUCUUAAACGUCUGAGCCAGCAAUUUAUAGGACAGGCUAAGGUCUUCGCUUGGAUAUUAAUAUAUUGUUAUAUCAGUAAACACGCUAGUCGCGUUGUCUCGGUUAAUGUCGCUGCGGCAUGUCAUCUAUUGUCAUAGGCUAGUUUUGUCUCGUUUCAUUCUAUCAUUGAGCGCUCACGUGUUGAUUAAGGGGAGCGGACUAAUGGAGAUCGCAAGAACAAUUGGGCAUAUCUCCGCGAGCCGAGUAGGUGUGUCACGUCAUGUUAAGCGCAAGCUAGUUGUAGUAGCUAAUGUGCUAGAUGUGUGUAUGGUCUGACCCCCUUGCUAGGUUCCCCACAUCGCUAGAUGCAAAAUAUACAUCUUUAAGGUUAUCACCAGCAAUGCCUGCCCAUCGGUUCAAUUGUUUAGCUAACAUUCAGGUUACUUCUGAUAGAGCACUACACAGCACUCUGAAUUCUGAAUUUGCACAAGUGCUCGACAAGCAGCCAGGCAAGCCAGAGUACACGAUAGUCAUAGUAUGCAUGGUGACAUGAGUAACCUGGGAUCAAGCCUCCUCAGUUCGUCAUAGGGGCUGCAAAAAUCACCAGUCUGUCUUAUUGUGGCAGGAUGAAGGCAGGUGUCGUUUAGCUAUACGGUCUAACUCGUAGGUGUGCCAUGCCAUUCCAAUGCUGUAGGUUAGUCCAUGUGCUUUCCCUGCCGACCGGGUUCACAGGGUCCCCGCAUCCGCCGGGUCUUCCGUUGGACACUACUGGCGUGGGCCUCCAUGGUGUUUCCGCUGUCGUGGUGUCUCUGCGUCCAGGAGCCACUUGCCUGAGGCCUUAAUAGGCGCUCGUUCCCUGUCGCCAUUGAUCCCAUCAGCGGGAUCGUGGGCCCAGGGUUCCGCCAGAUACCUUACUUCUCCCUGAGGGUAUGGCAGGCUGUGGAGGGGUUCCUCCUUGUGGGCGCCCAGCUCAGAUGAAGGGUGAGUGGCCAUCCUGUCUUCAUGAACCACGUGGGUGGUGAGUUACAUGUGCCAUGCGCCCGGUAUGUCUCCGAACUUGGGGACUGCUGCCCGGUGUGGGUCUGUUGAUGCUUGUUGCCCUGUACGCUGGGCCAGGUGAGAGCUGUAAUCCGUUUUUUGGCUCUGCGUUUCAGUACCUGCGUGCAUGGCCUCCGCCAUCUUUAACGUGGGCUCUGGACCUGCAUGAUGCCGUGUCACUGCCUCCGAGUGUGGCUGUGAGGCUUGGUCGGGGGGAAAUCGGGACUGGGGCCGGGUCCACCGAUGGUCCACGUGUUUGUCGGGCUCCAUCGGGCAGGAUAGUGGAGCAGCGGCCAUCUACUCCACUCACCGCCAGGUGAGGUCUCGUCUGGCGCAGCAGGGAUCUCCCCUCCGAGGGACUAGAACUCCGGGAGCAAGCCUUUCCUCAGCUCAGGAAGCCCAUUCACUUUGUGAGUAACAGCUACAGGCAAGUAAUUUCUCCCAUAAUCACGUUUUGUAAGCUUUGUAGGUUUCAUUUUGCAGGAGCUGAGCUCUCCUACGACCGCUCAGCUCUGCGGCCCGGCCCCGCCCCCCCAAUGCUGGAGAUUUUGUGACAUUAUAGUGAUACAUGUUUAGCCUCUAUAAGGCAUUAAGCAUUUAUUAUAACUUUCUGUGUCCUGUCAGGAAAAGUAAUACCUCCAGUUCUCUGACACAUUUAGAAUAACAGGAAAAACAAACAAAGUAAAAAAAAAUUUCUAGGUUGUACAGCGCUGUGCCAAAUACUGGCGCUAUAGUGAAAUGUAUAGUGUUGGUGUUUAACCCCUAGUGACCAUGGCUGUGUCAGGUACUUCCAACAAAAAACGGUCCUUAAGGAACGCGGACGUACCAUGAUUACUUCCAGCAGCUCUAAUGGUAUUGCAGUGAUGCCUCGAUGUUGAUUCAUCGCUGCAAUACCCCUCUCACUGCCGGUGGCCACGUGGAGCCUGGCAGUGAGGCAGAGUAGCGUUAGCCAUCAGGCAGGCUUCCGAUGCUCUGUCUGUACUGAGGGCCUCGAGGUCAAGGCACUCAGUUAAAGUUACAAAAAUUUUAACCCCAACCCUCCCUUCCUCCCUCUUCUCCCCAUGUACUUACCGCCAUUCUCUCGCCAGCGAUCAGUCUUCUUCUUAGGGGGGACUGACUAGCCUCAGCCCAGACAGUCCCCCCCUCUGCACUGUAGGACUAAAAGAGCGGUCACAUUGCCACAAUAGGUGUCCACAGUGCACAGCAGGGGGACUGCAUGAACUGACAGGCAGUCCCCUUGCUGGUGUAGAAAGUAAAAAAAAAAAUAUAUAGUGCAUUUUUUUCUUAUCAAUACAUACAUAUAUUAAUAGGCAACCGCUUAAAAUAUAUUAACCCUUAGAUAGGUCAAAUGAUCUUCCACCAGCCAAAGGACAUAGGCUAGGGUAGACCUAUAACCCUAUCCCCUAGGUAAGGAGGGGUCACCUGGUUGUACUAGUAUAACGGGGGUGACCCUAACUACUAGAAAUAGAAAAAAAAUAACAAUAUCCCAGACGUCCACUCCAAUGGAGAUGGGUGUAUGGGAAUUAGUACAACCUGAAAUAGAGUAGUAGCAACAACAAAAAAUAAAAAACCUUUAUUGACUCUAAAGUCGUGCAGCUACUAUAUCUAAUAAAGGGUCCUAAAUAGGAAACAAAUGUCUGCAUACCGGGUAAUGGGGUAUCAGCCCUAUGAGGCAGACAAGGGGUACGUAAAGCGUUCCACUUAAGAGGGAUACCAUACUGCCAAGCAAAACCUAGUAAGGGGUAAUUGGGGAACACAGAGGGAUAAUCUGUAUCUCAUUCAAAAAAAACCCUCCUGGAUAUUAGCUAAUAGGAUAUUAAAGAAUGAAUAUAAGAGGAACAGAAAGGCUCCCAAAACGAUUAUAAAAAAAAUCACUGCUAGGUUUCCACCAUAACCACCAUACCCCAUAGAGAAUAUAUAUCCAUCGGUCCCUAAUACCUCGGCACCGCACUUAGCUAAUGCCUACCUGAACCAAGGACCCUAGAGAAGUUAACUCAAAAACAAAGUGAAGUGCUACCUAACAAGUGAAGGAGUGCAUAAUAAAAUGUUAAAACAAAUGAAGCCCGACACGUGUUUCAGCGUAUUAGAACGCCGUCGUCAGGGGAAAAGUGAACUGUCUCAUCAAGGAGUCUGGGGAAAAGAACUCUCUAGAAGAGUGGGAAUACCAGGAGCUGGCUAGGUGACUAAUGGCUAAAAUACUAAUACAUAGAGAUAAAUAUAAAAAAAAAAAAAGAAAUAUAUAAAUAUAAAAAUAUAUAUAUAUGGUACUAUGCCUUUAAAUCUGAAAUGGACAAAGUAUCCCUAUAAAUGCGCAAAAAUGUGAGUAAAAGUGCUAUGAGUGGAGAUCUCAAAUAAACGGGAUAUCCCUUUAAAUGUGCAAGAAUACAAAGAGAAUGCUGCUAUACCUUUAAAUGUCCUUUAAGAGUGUGCAAACAUGCAAAGCAGUGCUAUAUAAGGGGGGGUAAAAAAAUAAAUAAAUAAAUAAAUAAAAAAAAUAAGGUGUAUAUAUAUAUAUAUAUAUAUAUAUAUAUAUAUAUAUAUAUAUAUAUAUAAAUAAAAUACUAAAAUGCAAAAAGGGGAAAGAUGAGAGACCAAAUUCUCUGCUGGAUGACCAAAAAAUAUGUAUGAAACUGGUGUCUAUAUCCCAAACAACAUGAGGGAUAAAUGAUACCUGUUGCAAAUAAUAUACUUAGUAAAAGAUAGAAGUAAAAAAUAAGCUAUACAGUACAAGGAACUGUUAGCUUUAGGCAAUAAAAAUGAAAACAAUAUAUCGCUGGAAAACUGAAGCAUAAAACUGGAUCACUUCAUAUAAGAAAAAAAAAAAAAAUGCCAGUUUAUUGAAUAUAAUAAAAUAACUUUGGAAAAAGUUAAAUAUAAAAAUACAGGUCACACUAGAUUCAGAAAUGCAUUACCAGACUGAAGCAUUGAAAAAUAACAGCAAGGACCUUCAGAUUGUUAAGGAUGGAUAUGGAUUGUGAUGAUUCAAUAUACAGCUGCCGGUGAGGAUGGCUUGUGUCUGUGAGCACGUCCCGAGCAGGAGCCUCACUUCAGGGGACGUGCAGGACAGAUGCCUCCGGUGGCGGUACUUUCCAAACAGGUCCUGCGUGUGCAGAUUAGUGGUGCUGCUGGUACAUGCGUCUGAUCCCGUGUGUUGCUGGAAUGCCUGUCUUACGCGUUUCGUAGGGAAUGGGCCCUACUUCAUCAGAGACAUAAUAGUGUCUAGUGCUUCAGUUCUUCUUUAUAUACAUUGCCUAAUUAUCAAUCACAUUUAGGUGUUAAAACCAAUAUAUUCUAUACUAAUAAAAACAGUAUUUGUACCUGCAUAAAAUGAUACAUACAUAUACAUAAAAUGCAAAUCAUUGCCACUAGGGUAAAAACAAUAUUUAUAAAGUCUCAUAAAAUGUAGACAGAUACAUAAGACCGGUAAAUGUAAAAAUACAUAAAAGCAAUAUAUGAAUGUUCCAAAUGGAAGGAACAUAUUUAAUGAAUCAAUUAGAGAUAAUGAAAUGCUGGACAUAAAUUGGUAUAUAUACAUGAAGAUAGGUGGAUAAAAUCAUAAUAGUAUAUUGACUACAUAUGGAUAACCAAUACUAGAUAGGUACCAUAUAGUUAUAGUGUGAAUCCUUCCUUCUAGGAGAAAACAGGAGAAAAAUAAUAGUUAAUAUAUACAAAAUAGAUAAUAAAUAAAUAAUCCCUGGUGGUGGUCUGUAACUAUAAAUAAAGAUGAAAAAAAAAAAGGGGGGGGACUAUAAAUAAAGGUGAAAAAAAAUAUAUAUGUAUAGAUUAUAGGAAAGCAUUAAGCUCAAAAUCUACAUUGAGUCCCUUAGGGACCCUAAGGGACUCAAUGUAGAUUUUGAGCUUAAUGCUUUCCUAUAAUCUAUACAUAUAUAUAUUUUUUUAUUUUUUUUAUUUAUCACCCCCCCUAUAUAGCACUGCUUUGCAUGUUUGCACACUCUUAAAGGACAUUUAAAGGUAUAGCAGCAUUCUCUUUGUAUUAUUGCACAUUUAAAGGGAUAUCCCGUUUAUUUGAGAUCUCCACUCAUAGCACUUUUACUCACAUUUUUGCACAUUUAUAGGGAUACUUUGUCCAUUUCAGAUUUAAAGGCAUAGUACCAUAUAUAUAUAUUUUUAUAUUUAUAUAUUUCUUUUUUUUUUUUUAUAUUUAUCUCUAUGUAUUAGUAUUUUAGCCAUUAGUCACCUAGCCAGCUCCUGGUAUUCCCACUCUUCUAGAGAGUUCUUUUCCCUUGUUCUAUAUAGGUUUUUAGUGAAUCCCUAUCAUUACCAGUUUUCGAGCAGCUUAGUGCUAGUCUGUCUCCCUCUCUCCUGUGUGGUAUAUUAGGUACACCAGAACUGUUCUACUAUAGUAUGUUAUGCCUAAAUUUGAUCUAACAGUCAAGGAUUAGGUAAUAGGACAUAUCUCUUCUCUAUGAAACCGCAUUGACCAAGGAUUGUUUAAGGAACUUUAUAACUGCUAAGCUUAUUAACCUAUGGUCUCCAUGUAGAAAGCAAGUGUUGACUGGAGUAGAGAGAAAAAUCCCCCCCGAGGGGGGCCUGACCAUCAUGGCGGAGAUUCUUGUUUUACAUGAACUCCCAAACAAUCCUGACCAUCACAGUCUCUCAUAACGCUACCAUGUUCGAUUUUGACCAGCAUCAGCUACCAACCAGACCCUCAUGACAGAGGGCAUACAGUGUGGCAAUCAGUGACCCGACAAGCCCUCACUGACCCUUACCUGAAGUAUGUGGCCUGAUGCGCUUCGGAUGGGAGAGGUAACCGAUCUCCCACUCCGGAGGCGCCCUGAAGCUAACAUACAUGUGCCCUGUUACCCCCCCUCAGACCGGCGAGG